UUUUUAUGCUUGCUUAUUUCAAGACAAAUACAUGUGGACCUGGAAGACUCUUGUGGAAUGAAUCCUCUGCAUGUGGCUGCUGGUUGUGGACAAGAAUCUACUACAAAGAUUUUGUUGAAUCACAAAGCAGAUGCUCACUGCAAUGCAUGGAGGAACUGAUCGAGGCGCUGAUGUGAAUGGUAAUAUUUCCAUUGGAGCAACUCCCUUUGGAUUGGCAGCUCGUGGUGGCUUGACUGGGAUUAUUAAAUGCUUACUGAAAGCUGGGGCUGAUGCGAAUAUGCCUAAUAAAAUUAAAUGUCAAGAUAAAAAGACAUUCUCAGAUUGGAAUGAAUGCAGAAGAAAAGCAGUUGGUGAAACAGAAUAUCUUUCAGCAAUGAUUUUUUACACUAUGGUAAUUCCUGAACUCAUAACCACUUUUGAUACUUAAGCAUUUUGUUUGUUGAUGUAGUGUUUGAGUGUUUCACUUAUAUAUAUUUAGUAUAAGAUAAUGACAGCCCCUUAGCAUUUUUUCCUCAUUUUAUUCUUGAUUUGCCUUUGCAUUUUAUCUUUUCAUUGAUUGGGCUGGGAUUUAGUGAAGUCUCUAGCAUGAGCUUUUAAGUUAGGCUGUCCUUUUGUAAACUACAAGUGGUGGUUUUAUAGCAUGGGUAUGGAGUGUAGCAUGCUGACCUAGUACCAUAGUGGAAUAAUUCAGAGGCUUGAUACAGCACUAUACUGACACAUGGUACAGUUGUUGUGCCGACUCCAGCAGUGCGCCAUAUGUUUAUGCAUGGGUAUAUUGUUUGAACUGACCUAUACAAAUAAGCUACUGGAAUGGUCCGUGGUACCGAGAAUGCUAACAUUGGUUUGAAGAUUAUUGUUGGUUUUACUAGAUUACAUUAAGGAUUCUAAGCUCUUUUUUGUUUUAUGUUAGUGAUCCGUGACAAUACUGAAAUUGAUGCACAAUAAAAAUGGUAGAAGCAAACAAGAUUAUGGAAGAAAUGAGAAUUUUGAGAUAGAUGUAUAAUAAAACUAGGAAGGAGAAAGUGAGAAACAAGACUACUGUAGGAGAUAUAGGAUAUCUACGUGUGGUAAAGAAUCUGUGUUUAGAGAAAGUAUUUAUCAGCAUAUAGUGUUUUGUACCCCUUAGUUCCCGUUUUUGUUGUAAUAUGUCAACCAUUUGUUGGUACAAGACUGCAAGUAUCAUAAAUUCAUUUUCUUUUAGGUUACUUCUUUAGUAUGUCUAUGGGAAGGAGUAGCACAUUGUUGGCCAAGAAGACAA